GCCCGCGCCGCGGGGCACGCUGGGACUCCGGCGACGCGAUGGCGGUGGUCUGCUCGUUCGCGCAGCCGGUCGGCCUUUGAGCCCAAGCGAGCGGCGGCGGGAUUGCGGUGUGUCCUCCUCGCAAGGCAUAAAAAAUGACAACUGCAGCCAGGCCAACCUUUGAACCUGCAAGAGGUGGAAGAGGAAAAGGAGAAGGUGAUUUGAGCCAACUAUCAAAACAAUAUUCAAGUAGGGACCUUCCGUCGCAUACAAAGAUAAAAUAUAGACAGACUACUCAGGAUGCCCCUGAAGAGGUUCGUAAUCGUGACUUUAGGAGAGAAUUGGAAGAGAGAGAGAGAGCUGCUGCGAGAGAAAAAAAUAGAGAUCGUCCAACCCGAGAACACACAACCUCCUCCUCGGUGUCCAAGAAGCCUCGCUUAGACCAGAUUCCUGCCGCCAACCUUGAUGCAGAUGACCCUUUGACAGACGAGGAAGAUGAAGACUUUGAAGAGGAGAGUGAUGAUGAUGAUACUGCAGCUCUUCUUGCAGAAUUGGAAAAAAUUAAAAAAGAACGAGCUGAAGAGCAGGCCAGGAAGGAACAAGAACAAAAAGCUGAAGAAGAAAGGAUUCGUAUGGAAAACAUUCUUAGUGGAAACCCUCUCCUUAAUCUCACUGGCCCAUCUCAGCCUCAGGCCAACUUCAAAGUUAAAAGAAGGUGGGAUGAUGAUGUUGUGUUUAAGAACUGUGCAAAAGGUGUAGAUGAUCAGAAGAAAGACAAGAGAUUUGUCAAUGAUACACUGCGAUCUGAAUUUCACAAAAAGUUCAUGGAGAAAUAUAUUAAGUAGUACAGUUUUAUGUGCUUA